AUGUGCAACAAGCGCCUGAACUCCAUAUGUCUCGAUGAAGGCCUCUAUAGGCGUCACGUGUUCGCGCAUGACCUGAGAAGAUGCUUCUCUGACUGGGUGAUGUUCCUUGAAGUGAUACGGUCAAGCAAUGCGCUAUUAGCCGGACCCCCGAUCAUAAAGCUCUUGACACAAGAGCAUCUGAAGGUGGUCGAAGAUGUUGACAUAUGCGUCACUGAGAAAUAUGGAGCAGCGUGGGCGCAGUAUCUCGCGGAACGUGAGGGCUAUGAAGUCAUCUACGAGUCUUCACGAUGGCGCAACAAGCGGAGCCAGGUCUUUCGUUAUUCGAAAGUGGUUAAGAGGGGCGCAGAUUCUGAGCGGCGCGUAGUGCAGCUUUUUGUCUUCGUUUCACAACGAAUCGAGGAACAGUACUGCCAGUUGAUGGGGAUCUCAUCACUUAUGACCUAUUGGCGAAACAAUCAGAUUGUUUCAUUCUUCUCACAACAACUGUUCUCAAAGACCUUUUGGAGCACACGUGUUGGGUUCGUCGGAGUAUUUCCAUACUCUGGUCUCAGGUAUGGCAACAUUCAAGCGCUCCGCGAGGCGGGGUUCCAUGUCAAUGGUUGGAUAUCUUUUGAUGAGAACGAAAGCUGUAAAUUGAGCAGCAGGUGUGUGCUGUUUCCUGUUACGCUCACGGGAAGACAUGAUUUCCGGAUGAGCCAUAUGACUCCCUAUCGAAUAACGGUGGAGUACCCAGAAGUUACAAUCGAGUACAGUCAAUCCCAACUGUGA